AUGAUGUGGGUCACAGCAGGUCUUCUACUCACUCUCUCUGCCACAACGACUAGAGCAUGGCCCUACGACUCAGAUCUCACACACUACAAUCUCAACGAAAACCAAACCGCAAACACACCUGCAGAUUACUGGGGCACUUGGCCAAACCAUGAAUACUUCCCAUCUCCGGACAAUUGGCGAGUCCCAAUCUAUUCGUUGUUCUUGGACCGAUUUGUGAAUGGAGACCCGACGAAUGAUAACAUCAAUGGUACAUACUAUGAGCAUGACCUAGACUCAACGCAGAUGAGGCAUGGAGGUGAUGUGGUCGGGUUAGUGGAUACGUUGGAUUAUUUGCAAGGAAUGGGGAUUAAGGCUAUUUACCUCGCUGGAACAGCACUGAUGAAUCAACCAUGGGGCUUUGACGGCUAUUCAGCUCUUGAUACAACACUGUUGGACCAGCAUUAUGGUGAUAUCGCUACGUGGAGAUCAGCUAUCACGGAAAUUCACAACAGGGGCAUGUAUGUCAUCUUUGACAAUACACUUGCAACUAUGGGUGACCUCAUCGGUUUCGAAGGCUACCUCAACACAACCGCCCCAUUCAUAUACGAAGAACACAAAGUCGAAUACAAAAGCUCUCGUCAAUACGUCGAUUUCCACUUCGGAAACGACUACAAUACCACCUGUGACUAUCCACGAUUCUACAACGAGACUGGAUACCCUGUGGACAGCUACGUGUACGAUGACUUGAAAGGGUGCUACAACAGCGACUUUGACCAGUAUGGCGACAUAGAGGCUUUCGGCGUCUUCCCGGACUACCAGCGUGAACUUGCAAAGUUUGCUUCCGUGCAGGACCGUCUUAGGGAAUGGAAUCCAUCAGUUAGAGAAAAACUUAUUCGGCAUGCUUGCAUCAUCAUCGCGUCUCUAGAUGUAGAUGGUUUCCGUUACGAUAAAGCGACCCAGGCAACCGUCGACGCUCUGGGUGACAUGUCCGAAGGCUGGCGACAAUGUGCGCGCGCUCACGGAAAGGAGAAUUUCUUCCUGUCUGGUGAGAUCACUGGUGGAAACAAUUUCGGUUCUGUAUAUCUUGGACGAGGUCGACAGCCGGAUAUGUGGCCUGAUAACGUGCAAGAUGCUGUUCUCAUGACGAACGAGUCGUCAGAUAAGUAUUUCAUCCGUGAGAAUGGACAGCAAGCUAUCGAUGGAGCUGCUUUUCAUUAUACGGUUUAUCGAACACUAACCCGGUUUCUGGGUCUUGAUGGAAAUCUUGCUGCUGGUUACGAUUUGCCCCCUGACUGGGUGACAAUGUGGAACCUCAUGCUUUUGUCGAAUGAUAUGGUCAAUGCGAACACAGGAAAGUUUGACCCUCGCCAUCUAUACGGUACCACCAACCAGGAUGUGUUUCGCUGGCCGGCUAUUCAGAAUGGAACUGAAAAGAUGCUGUUAGGCAUGUUUAUUACAACGCUUCACAUGCCUGGCGCACCUCUUGUACUAUGGGGUGAGGAGCAGGGGUUUUACAUCCUCGAUGCCACCGCAGACAACUAUGUCUAUGGCCGUCAGUCCAUGUCGCCGGCUACUGCUUGGUGGUCCCAUGGAUGCUAUAGAGUGAAUGUCACUCAGUAUUAUCAGUUUCCCCUGGAGUCGGCACUGAAUGGCUGCGAGGAUAUCUCGGUCACAUAUGACCAUCGAGAUCCGGCACAUCCUUUGCGCAAUAUUUUGAAGCACAUGUUUCAAAUGAGACAGAGGUUUCCUGUUCUUAAUGAUGGGUAUCUGUUACAGUCAUUAUCGAAACAAACCCACAAUGUCUACCUUCCUGGUUCUAACGGAACGCCAACAGAGACCGGAAUGUGGUCUGUUCUACGUGGUCGAUUUGAAGGUAUUCAAGAUCUGACCAACAAUCAAUCAGUAUGGCUCUUAUAUCAGAAUGACAAUACAACGAUCAACUACAAGUUCGAUUGCAGUAGUCAAAACACAAAUCUGUCUCUGAUUGCGCCCUUCGAUGCCAAUACAACCGUCAAGAACCUUUUCUACCCUUACGAUGAGCAAACACUCAAAUCAAGCCCAGCCAAACUUGGUCUCGAAGGGUCGACAAAUUACAAUGGUUGUCUUGAUAACCUGACCAUGGUGCCAUGGGAUUUCAGGGCAUACGUACCUAAGGCAAAAUGGGUUGGACCGUACCCUAUGAUCACAGAGUUUCAGCCUGGACACGAUGCUCGUAUACUCUCCAGCGUCCGUCCAGAUCAGGCAGAAUCAGUCCCAAUUCAAAUCUAUUUCUCAGAACAAAUGGACUGCAACUCCGUAACAAAUUCCAUUCUGCUCAACUCUACUACUGAAUCCAAACAGACGGCAACUCUCAAUUCCUCCAGCGUCUCUUGCCAGAACAUAAACGACGGUACGACCAACUUCAUUGGUGAAAUCGCAAAUGCCUGGGUCUGGAAGGCAACCCUUAAUAACGUCUACAAUGGCAUACACCGUAUCACCGUCGCCAACGCAAGCAGCGUCGAUGGCACCGCAACCAACGCUAUCGACCACUUCUUACUCCGAGUUGGCCAGCACGACAAUCCCAUGAUUUUCAGUUCUGCGAACUACUCCACCAGUCUACUACACAAAGAUGACAAUGGGACCCUAUACGUACAACAUCAUGCCGCCGGAGCUGAUAUGUGGCGGUACUCGACGAACUGGGGCUCGUCGUUUUCAUCCUGGCUGCCUUAUACAGGUGGCAACGACACCAUCACAGAGCUUCCUUGGUCGGGUACUUCUCUACAAGAAUGGACCGGCAGUCAUGUACGUGUUGAGUACUUUAGCAAAGUAUCUGGUAGCAGCGACUAUGUUCAGGAAGGUGACAGUGACUGGGAGUCUUCAUUUCCACGCAGAUUCCCGCACUUAUUCUGGAACGGUCCGUACAACCAAUAUGGGUUUGAUGCAGGGUUGAAGAACGAGAUGGUUCAAGACUCGGAUGACGGGUUGUGGAAAGUCAAGUUUUUGACGGAGUGGCCUGCUCAGGGUCAGGUCAGUAUCUGGGGCAUCAAUCCAGACGGCCAGCCUGAUCAAGGCUUUGUAUUUGGUGAUGCCGAUGGAGAUUCUGUCUUGGAUCGUCUCCCUCCUUCGUCUCUAUCUGCGGUCACUAUCAACAUCACCCACCCACCACCUUCAUCGUACCUCGGCUGGGAAAUUCGGAUCCACGACGGUACCCAACGCUUUGAAUUGUUACCGGUCGGCUCAGCAAAUAUCCAGAUAAUACUCUUCUCCCUCUUCCUAAUCGUCCCUAUCCUCUCCGCAUCAUUUGGUAUUUGGCUCUUCAUGAAAUCCUUCUACCGCGUUAAAUUCAACCAAGUCGGUGUGACCGAAAAGACUCACAUCCUACCCCUAGCAUUACGCCGAAGACUGAAAAGAGCAAGACUCGACGGCAUCGAAGUCAAAAACCCGUUCUUACGUCUCGCCAAUCGGUCGGGAUUCUUGCAAACGACAUCUGCGUUUGCGGGUGCAACGAGCGGGGAGCGUCGACGGAUGGUCAUGAUUGCGACGAUGGAAUACGACAUUGAAGACUGGGCUAUCAAGAUCAAAAUCGGUGGCUUGGGUGUGAUGGCACAACUCAUGGGAAAGAAUUUGAGUCACCAGGACCUUAUCUGGGUUGUGCCCUGUGUUGGAGACGUCGACUAUCCAGAAGACCAGCCCGCAGAGCCAAUGUUUGUGACCGUUUUGGGCAAUUCGUACGAAGUCAAGGUUCAGUAUCACGUCUUGCGGAAUAUUACUUACGUCCUACUCGAUGCACCGGUAUUCCGGCAACAGACCAAAACGGAGCCGUACCCUGCACGCAUGGAUGAUUUGGAUAGUGCGAUCUACUACUCGGCUUGGAAUCAGUGUAUUGCUGAAGCCAUGAAGCGGUUCCCGAUUGAUCUGUAUCAUAUCAAUGAUUAUCAUGGAUCAUUGGCUCCGUUGUAUCUUCUUCCUCAGACUAUCCCCGCGUGCUUGUCGCUACACAACGCCGAGUUUCAAGGUUUGUGGCCGAUGCGAACGCAGAAUGAGAGAGAUGAAGUCUGUUCCGUGUUCAAUCUUGAUGUCAACGUUGCCACUCGUUACGUCCAAUUCGGUGAAGUCUUCAACCUCUUGCAUGCAGGCGCUAGUUAUUUGCGAGUCCAUCAACAAGGCUUCGGCGCCGUAGGCGUCUCGAAGAAAUAUGGCAAGAGAUCUUAUGCUCGCUACCCCAUCUUCUGGGGUUUGAAGAAAGUCGGAAACUUGCCUAAUCCCGAUCCAUCCGACACCGCAGACUGGGAUAAGUCCGUCCCCAAGGAAAGCGAUUUCACGGUUGAUCAAGACUUUGAAGCUGGCAGGGUCGAACUCAAGAGACAGGCGCAAGAAUGGGCAGGUCUGGACCAGAACCCUGAAGCUGAUUUGCUGGUCUUUGUUGGCCGCUGGUCGAUGCAAAAGGGUAUUGACCUUAUUGCUGAUGUUAUGCCGUCCGUUCUCGAGGCAAGGCCCAAUGUGCAAUUGAUCUGUAUCGGGCCUGUUAUUGAUCUUUAUGGCAAGUUUGCCGCGUUGAAAUUGGAUCGUAUGAUGAAGCUUUAUCCUGGACGAGUAUUUUCCAGACCUCAAUUCACUGCACUGCCACCUUUUAUCUUCUCCGGCGCUGAGUUCGCAUUGAUCCCUUCGCGAGAUGAGCCGUUUGGUUUGGUUGCUGUUGAGUUUGGUCGAAAAGGUGCAUUGGGUAUUGGAGCUCGUGUCGGUGGAUUAGGGCAGAUGCCCGGUUGGUGGUAUACUGUUGAGUCUACUACUACGUCGCACUUGCUUCAUCAAUUCAGACUCGCGAUUGAUGGUGCACUAAACUCCAAGGUCAAAGUUCGCGCCGAAAUGCGUGCGAGAUCGGCCAAACAGCGUUUCCCAGUCGCGCAGUGGAUUGAAGAUUUGGAGAUUCUCCAGAGUACGUCUAUCAGAAUCCAUACGAGGGAGACUAUCAAGUCGAAUGGACAGAUUUCUACGCCGACUGGGUACCGCACUCCAAGCGAAGCUAUUGGUACCCCGUUAUACCUUCCAAUGUCCGAUCAUCAUCUCGGUACACACACACCUCCACUCAUUGAAGCAGGAAGUAUGGGCUACUCAAGCCUGCGACAAAGCAGUCUUGGUCCUCAGCAACGAAAUACUAUUGUUUACAGCAGAGAUCCAAGUCCCGAUGGAGAUGAGCGACGCGCGUCAAACUUGUUCCGUCAGUUGUCAUUAGGUGUCAGGGCGGGACCUGGUCAUACCGCUGUGAUUGAGCGACGAAAUCGACUCCGAAGGAAGAGUCAUGUUGCUGCUUCAGAAGACGUGACUGAUAGCGAGCGUGAGGGCGACGAGACUGAAGACGAGAACUUGCACUCUUACUUUACGGAAGACGAGUUCACCAUGACACCAGAACAUGCCGAUUUGAGUCGGCGGAUGGAUGACGAGCACGGUCUUCCAUCUCCUGUCCACUUGCUAAACGCCAGUCAGGUCAAUGGUCACUACUACCCUUAUAUACCAGCAUCACCUGGCUUUUCCGAAGGCGAAGAUUCCCUCGCACCACCCACUCGCCCAUUUGCAACCGCUCCAAACCGACUUAGCAACUCUUCCGUUUUGUCCUUUGACUCCGUCGUCGGCGACAAGAAAAACUUCAAACUGCAAAAGGUCGAUCCCUUCUUCACCGAUGCCACAGGCGAAUUUUACCGUAUCUUCGAGAAGAAACUCGAAGACCUCAACGGGUCAAACUCUGAUGGACAAUUGUGCAUUGAAGAGUUUCUGGUCAAGAGUGAGAAGAAAUGGUACGACAGAUUCCGUGCUGCUCGUUUGGGGCGAGAUUGGUCACCUGUGCCGUCGAUCAAGGGUAAAGGAAUACUCACUUCUCCGACAAACUCGAUUUCGAAUGGGGAUAGCAACAGUGAUAUCCAAAAGGGUGGCGAUGAGUUCCUCCUGGGAGAAGACUAUAAGCCACCUACAGGACUCAAGAAAUGGAUGCAACUUCGGAUUGGUGACUGGCCUCUAUAUUCACUUUUCUUGGGUCUGGGCCAGAUCAUUGCUGCAAACUCUUACCAAGUCACUCUUCUCACUGGUCAAGUUGGUCAGACCCCAGAGAAGCUAUACGCAAUUGCGACCACAUACCUCAUCACGUCCAUCGCUUGGUGGUGCGUAUUCCGAAGCUUCAAGUCCGUCGUCGCCCUCUCAACACCCUGGUUCUUCUACGGUCUCGCUUUUCUUCUGAUCGGCAUCGCACAUUUCGAGCACAACCCCGUCAACCGCGAUUGGAUCCAAAACUUUGCUAGCGGCAUAUACGCAACCGCCUCUGCCAGUGGCUCAAUCUUCUUUUCUCUUAACUUCGGCGACGAGAGUGCGGCCCCCGUCAAGGACUGGGUUUUUAGGGCUUGCAUAAUCCAAGGAACUCAACAACUCUACGUCGUCGCGCUGUGGUACUGGGGAUCCUCCUUAUCGAAACAGACAMAAGCCGGUCUCGCCAAUGUACAACCCAUAAUCAACAGCUGGAAAAUCACCGCCAUCACCGUGCCCAUAGCAGUCAUGCUCUGGGCAAUUGGUAUCUUACUCGCGUUUGGUUUACCAGACUACUACCGCCAGACGCCCGGAAAGGUAGCCUCGUUCUACAAAUCGAUUUUCAGACGCAAGAUCAUCAUGUGGUUUUUCGUCACGGUGCUUAUUCAAAAUUUCUUUUUGUCAGCGCCCUACGGCCGGAAUUGGAGUUUUCUGUGGAGUUCACAGCACGCCUCGACAUGGCAGAUUGUUCUCCUCGUCGUCCUGUUCUUUGUCCUUGUAUGGGGCAUAAUGUUGGGUAUCAUGUUCUUCCUCUCAAAAUCUCACAGCUGGAUCCUGCCUGUAUUCGCAAUUGGUCUUGGAGCACCUCGAUGGGCUCAAAUAUGGUGGGGAACUUCAAACUUAGGGCAAUACAUCCCCUGGGCUGGAAGUUUCGUCUCUGGCGCGCUUGUAUCGCGCAGUCUGUGGCUCUGGCUGGGCGUGCUGGAUUCCUUGCAAGGUGUCGGAUUUGGUAUGAUCCUGUUGCAGACUCUUACCCGGCUGCAUAUCUGUUUUGUGCUUCUGGGCGCGCAGGUACUGGGCUCCAUUGCGACCAUUGUAGCGCGUGCUGCGGCGCCGAAUAAGAUUGGGCCUGGCGAUAUUUCGCCUGAUAUUGGGACAGGGAUUAACAGUCUUUGGACGGCGUGGUUUUGGGUUGGAUUGUUUUUCCAGCUUUUGAUCUGUGCUGGGUUCUUCAUGUUCUUCCGUAAAGAGCAACUGCACAAGCCCUAA